AUGUCGCCGACCACUUCUUCAGAUGAUCCGACAACCCCAUUGCUACAAUCAGCUAGGGAGAGGCCUGUAGCAGCUGCAGAUGAGAUACUAGAAUCCCAGAGAGAUGCUGAUGGUGAGCUGCAUGGAUCAGAACUGGCCCUAGAAAAGUGGAAUGAGCCUGUUAUCAACGCAUGGCGAGUUCUUGCUGCCUUCUUCAGCUUCAUCGUUGUUGGCGCAAAUGAUGGAACAUAUGGUGCAUUAGUCCCUUAUCUUUGUGAUCACUACGAAGUAGACUAUGCCACUGUGUCUGUGGUCUUUCUUUCCCCUUGCGUCGGGUAUGUUGCUGCUGCUCUAGUGAAUAAUUGGGCCCACGCGCGCUUUGGACAGAGAGGCGUUGCACUUCUUGGAUCGGGUGCUCAUAUAAUUGCCUAUCUCUCCUCCACACAGCAUCCGCCCUAUCCCGUGCUUGUUCUCCUCUUUGUAUUGGCUGGACUAGGUAAUGGUCUUCUUGAUGCGGCAUGGAAUGCUUGGAUUGGAGUUAUGGCAGACAGCAACAGAUUGAUGGGAAUCCUCCAUGGCUUCUAUGGCCUCGGUGCGGCAUUAGCACCGUUGACUGCUACCUCUCUGAUCACCACUCGUGGAUGGCACUGGUAUCAUUAUUACUACCUCAUGGCGAGUGGUGCACUAAUUGAGAUCUUAACGCUAGUUCCUGCGUUCUGGUCGGCGCGAGGUAGAUCAGUCAAGGAAGAGCAUCAAAGCAACUGGGACAGAGCACACGCCAAACGUUCCUGGAAGGAAAUAUUGUGCAGCAGCCCCACGAUACAGUCACUUGGAUCUCCUGCAACAUGGAUAAUCUGUUUAUUCAUUUUUAUUUAUGCUGGGGUUGAAAUAACCAUUGGGGGUUGGGUUUUCACGUUCCUUGUCCGCCAACGAGGCAUACCUGAAUUCGCGGCCGGUAUGGCAACUUUUAUUUACUGGGCAGGGCUCACUUUGGGCCGUGUGCUCCUCGGAUUCGUGACUGCAUAUCUACAAAUCGGCAAAUAUACGGUGGUUCUGUACUUGGCAACAUGUCUAACUCUCCAUAUUGUGUUCUGGUUUGUGGAGGAGUUCAAGGUCUCGGUAAUUGCAGUUGCUUUGUUAGGGUUUUUCCUCGGUCCAUUGUUCCCGGAAGCAGUCAUUGCUUUGGCCAACCUUUUGCCCAAGCAUUUACGUAUCGCCGGUAUUGGAAUUGCUGUUGCUCUAGGAAGUGCUGGUGGGUUGUAG